AUGGGGAUUGAGGACGUCUACCACGAGAUCAGCCAUCUCCAGGUCCUGCGUCGACCUCCACCCCUAAAGUCUGACCCGGCGCGGAGAAACCAGAACAAAUACUGCCGUUUCCACGGUGAGAGUGGUCACACCACGGCCGAGUUCUACGACCUGAGGGAUGAGGUCGAGAGGCUGAUCCGGGAAGGGAGGCUAGGCGAAUACCGAGCUAAGCGCUGGAACAACAACAGGCGCAACGACGACCGACAGGACGAGCAGAGGUGCGAUAACCAGCCCAAACCAGUUGGCGUCAUAAGAACGAUCUUCGGGGGACCAUACCUCGGCAGUACCUCUCGACGCGCACAGAAGGAGUACGCUCGAGAGGCGAAGGAGAAGUUCAGCCAGAGGAUCAUGAACAUCUCAGGACGCGAGGCUAAGGCCGCGCGAUAUGAGGACGCCGAGAUCACUUUCUCGAAAGCCGACGCGAGGGGGAUACAUUUUCCCCAGAGCGACGCCUUGGUAGUCGAGGCCGUGAUCGGUACCUAUACGGUUUGUCGUAUCCUGGUCGACAACGGUAGUUCCAUGGACAUCUUGUACGCGGACUGCCUCGACAAGAUGGGGAUUCCCCGCUCAAGGCUGCAGAACAGUGCCUAG